AUCAUCAAUCCGUCAGGAAAUCCCAGAAACACUCCCACUUGGAAAGUAUGGUGAAGGAAACAGAAUACUAUGACAUUUUGGGGGUAAGUGUAGAUGCAGAUCCUGCUGAUAUUAAGAAAGCAUACUAUAUCAAGGCAAGGGUGGUGCACCCUGAUAAAAAUCCAGAUGAUCCCCAAGCUGCUAGCAAUUUCCAGGCUUUAGGAGAGGCAUAUCAGGUUCUAAGUGAUCCCGAGAAGCGUAAAGAAUAUGACAAAAAUGGGAAAGAUGGAGUGCAGCAGGACACAAUGUUGGACCCUGCAGCCGUUUUUGGGAUGCUAUUUGGAAGUGAUUUCUUUGAAGAUUAUGUGGGACAAUUUUUAUUGGCUUCUUUAUCAGCUGUUGAAGCUGAACAGGAUACUUCCGAUGAUCCUGAAGUUCGAAACAAAAAAGUUCGGGAAAAGAUGAAUACAUUGCAGAAGGAAAGGGAAGAUAAGCUUGUAACAGUUUUAAAAGAGCGUCUCCAUCCGUUUGUUGAAGGUCAGAUAGACACUUUUGUGGAUUGGGCAAAGUCAGAAGCAUGCCGUCUUUCUCAAGCCGCUUUUGGUGAGGCUAUGCUACAUACAAUUGGCUACAUUUACACCAGGCAAGCUGCCAGAGAAAUCGGGAAAGAUAAGCGUUAUAUGAAAGUUCCAUUUUUAGCUGAGUGGGUCCGUCAUAAAGGACACCGUCUUAAGUCACAAGUUAUGGCUGCUUCAGGUGCUGUCAGUUUGCUGCAAAUACAAGAGGAGAUAAAAAAGUCAUGCGAAGGAGAGAACACUCAAGAAUCUAUGGUCAAAGCUCUUGAGGAGAAGAAAGAUGUCAUGCUAAAUUCCUUAUGGCAAAUUAAUGUUGUCGACAUUGAGACAACUUUAUCCCGUGUUUGUCAAGCAGUCCUUAGAGACCCCACGGUUUCGAAAGAUGUUCUCAAGCUGAGAGCUGCAGCAAUGAAAAAGCUGGGAACAAUUUUUCAAGGAGCGAAGGCGGCGUACAGCAGAGAGAGCAGUUUGCGCUGCGAGGGCCCCACCAACAACGACGCCAUUAAAGGCAAUCCACAGCCAUCCUCAGAUCAAACCUAACUUUUGGUUGAUGUUUGGGUUUCAGCUUUGCCAUCUUCACCCCAAAUCUGAUUCUUUAGCUUGUAGUGGUUGGUUCACUUUUGUUUUCUUUUUUAGUGUUAUGGAGUUUAUCUAUUUCCAUUCCCCUAUGGAGCCAAAGAUUCACUAUUUUUUUGGCUUUGGGGUAUGAUGGAAUAAAGCAAAUUGACUCUUUAAAUUGUUUGCGCUUCUUGCAAUUGUGAAGUAGCAGUUAGUCAAUGCAACUUUCGACUCUCAUCAUGAGUCAUCUGGAAAACAGCUGCUCUAUGUUUUAAACAUAGGGGUCGGACUGCGUACAUUCGAUCCCCCUUACCCCGCAAUGGGCAGGAGACAUAAAGGCACUGAGGUAAU